AUGAAGUUCUCAAUCCUCGCACAGGCCAUUCUGGCAAUUCCUGCUCUUGCCACAGCCAUCCCCGACCCUAUUGGCAUCGCUGAAGAUAAGCGCGCGAACUGCAAGUUGACCCUCCAGUGGAAGUCCAACUGGUACGAGCAUGCCCUGAGAAGAUAUCGAGUUCAGCUCAUCACGAGCCCCCGCAAUGAUGACCAUCUUGGUUUAUACUGCGAUCAGUUCAAAGUCAAUGCAGUCAAGCUUGAGAAUGUUCAAUGCUUCUGGACAGAUGGAAUCUAUGUGCUCGACGUUAGCGAAGUUCAAGGUCCUGCCGGCUAUGCCCAAUACAAAAACCAGCACAACCUUGCCUCGAAGACGUUCAGUCGUGGAACUGGCUGCGAUGUGAUUCAGAACCUCUAG